UUCAGGAUGGCGGUACGGGUCAGCAGACUGAUGCUGGGGUUGUUUCUGGGAGCUGCGUCCUUCAUGUGGCUGUCGGCUCCAUCAGGAGCCUUCCAGCUGCCUUCCUGUCAGCCCAUCAAGCACAUGGUGUCUCUGGAGAAGAGGGGCUGUCCGCGGUGCCACUCGGUGGAAACCACCAUCUGCAGCGGGCACUGCCCCACCAAGGACCCUGUGGCCAAGGUGUUGUUCCACAAGUUGUUCCAGCACGUGUGCGUGUACGGCGAGGUGUACUACAAGACCUUCCAGAUCCCGGACUGCCCGCCGGGCAUCGACCCCACCGUGGUCUACCCCGUGGCUCUGAGCUGCCACUGCGGCCGCUGCAACAUGAACACGUCGGACUGCACCUCCCACAGCCUGCGGCCCGACUUCUGCCUCAACGACAUCCUCAACUACUCCUAGAACCUCGAACCA